AUGGCAUUUCCCACUAUAUCACAACUCUUCUUCUUCUUCUUAACACUACUUCUUUUCUUCACCCAAAUCAAUGCAAGAGACAGCUACUCCUUUGGCAAGUUCCAGAGAGAAAACCCCAAAGACCAAAACCGUAACAAUCUUGUCCCUGUCCAAACCAACGAGAAGAACGAGCAAGACGACCAGAACCCUACCUUUCUCCCCGAGUCCGGAUACGGGUACGGCUUGUACGGACACGAGACAACCUACAACAACAAUGAAGAGUUGAACAAUAAAAAGUACGAGGAGAACGUUAACUACGGUGACUCUUUCUCCACCCCAAGCCUAAGCCAAACGCAAGAACCUUACAAGAACUACGAAGAGAACUACCCUAAGACGACAGAGAGUUACGACGACAGCAGCAAGGACACGAGUUACUACGAAAACUCCAAUGGUUACGGGACGGAGAAGAGAGAGAAAGAGACCUACGACAAGAGCUAUAGCAACAACGUAGAGAGACAAGGGAUGAGCGAUACGAGGUUCAUGGCCAACGGUAAUUACUACUUUGACCUUGACGACGACAGAAACCACGGCCGUUUCUACCAGAAUCAUCAUUACAACUAUAACCCCACGGGCUACAAUGAGAAGGACUCUAGCUUCAAGAAUCAGUACAGUUCCAAGAACAUGAUGAACCAACAGUCCAAGAUGUCUGGGGAAGAGCAAGGAGAUCAGUUUACUCCUUAA